AGCUAGCUGUCAGAAAGCCCGAGACACAGAGAGAGAGAGAGAACUGUCAGUAUACGGUAGUAGUUACUAUCCUUCCGAUUGAACACCGUACAUUCAUUUGGCUUGGCGAACAAUCUCACGAAUCAGCGACACAAAAGAGGCGCUGUCACUCUGUCCGUGACCCGAGCCCAGGCCAUGGACGAACAGGCAGGGCCCGGGGUUUUCUUCAACAACAACUCUAUCUUAUCGGGCGGUGGGAAAGGACUGCUACCGGAGGGCGACGCAGCGGAGGCAGCCAGGUCACCGUACAGUAUCCCGGGGAUCCUACACUUCCUGCAACACGAAUGGGCCCGCUUCGACGUGGAGAAGGUGCAAUGGGAGUUGCAACGCGUCGAAUUACAGGCAGAAACUCAAACAGGAAGUACCUGUGCCAAGGAAUAUUCCGCGCUGGUCUGACCAAUUGGAAUCCACACUUCAAGAUAGUUUUGAUCACGCGGACUGGGACAUGUUCCGGGUAGCCUCAGAGAAUAAUAUCGACGUAUACGCUGAAUCGGCCCAGAUAGCCUUCCUGCAGGGAGAGAGGAAAGGACAGGAGAACCUGAAGAAGGAUCUCAUCAGGAGGAUUAAGAUGCUGGAAUAUGCCCUCAAACAGGAGAGGUCCAAGUACCACAAGUUAAAAUAUGGAACGGAGUUAAACCAAGGAGACGUGAAACCUCCCAGCUAUGACUACGACGAGGUGAUUGAGAAUGAGACUCCUGGGUCCUUGAACAACCAGUUGUCCUGGAAACAAGGCCGUCAGCUCCUCAGACAGUAUCUCCAGGAGGUGGGUUACACAGACACCAUCCUGGAUGUGAAGUCUCGCAGGGUGCAAACCCUGCUGGGUCUGGCCGGAGAUGGUGGGGGCCCUGUGGAGAGGACGGCCAACGGAACAGACACGCACACCAGAGGAGGGAAGACAGAGCAAUCUGAGUCCAGUGUUGUGCAGGAGGCCUUCAGGUUCAUAGAAAGCUCUGCAGCUGACUACAGUGAUGAAGAUGAUGAUGAAGACGGUUCAGGGAAUGACAGGACUAUCAUGGAACAGACAGGACCUACAGGGACGAUAGUGAGGAAGAAGCCAUCAUCUGCCCUGUCCACCAGUAUGGACACAAGUGAGGACCCAGACACUGAGGAUGCACUGAAGGGCUUUGACUUCCUGUCUAGUCCAGAUGAUAUGGACACAUCACCUGAGUCCCGCAGCGCAGGGAACGGGACCAACUGGGGACCUAACCGGUCUAAGCUCCAGGACAUGUUGGCCAACCUGAGGGACCAGGAGGACAUGAAUCCCAGAGAACCCUCCUCUACUUCCCAGUCCCGCUCCAACGCACCCAGGCUCAACGACCACCACCAGGAAAACAACACUGAUGAAGUGGAGGUGUUGACGGUCCCUCCUUCCUCUGGGAUGGCCUUUAUCCUGGGUCCUGAUGUGAACAUGGAGGCUGAACUAGGACUGGGAGAGCUGGCUGGUCUUACUGUAUCUAAUGAGGCUGAUAGUCUGGCCUAUGAUAUGUCCAACAACAAGGAUGCCCUGAGGAGGACGUGGAACCCUAAGUUUACCCUACGGAGCCACUUUGACGCGAUCCGAGGUCUGGCGUUCCACCCCGUAGAAGCGGUUCUAGUCACCGCCUCAGAGGACCACACGCUGAAGAUGUGGAACCUGCAGAAGACUUCCCCCGCCAAGAAGAAUGCCUCUGUAGAUGUGGAACCCAUGCACACGUUCAGGGCCCACCAGGGUGCAGUGCUCUGUGUUGUGAUGAGCAGUACAGGAGAGCAGUGUUUCAGUGGAGGGCUGGACGGCACCAUUCAGAGCUGGAACACACCGAAUCCUAACCUAGACCCAUACGAUUCAUACGAGCCGUCUGUCCUGCGUGGGGCGCUGUGUGGUCAUACUGACUCGGUGUGGGGUCUGGUGUACAGUGGUGUUCAUCAGAGACUCCUGUCUUGCUCUGGAGACGGCACCGUCAGGCUGUGGGACGCCUCCGAUACCAAGCCUGCCCUGGUCACCUUCCACAGGAAAGAGUUUGGCGUGCCCUCGUCAGUGGACGUGGUCUGCAGUGACCCCGCCCACAUGGUGACAUCUUUCACCAGUGGUCAGAUCGGCCUGUUCAACAUGGAGACACAGCAACUGGUGCUCAGCCUGGAGUCUGCUGCGGAGACGGGUACCCCCUGUCAGGUCAACAAGGUGCUGAGUCACCCCACCCUCCCCAUCACUAUCACCGCUGAGGAGGACAGACACAUCAAGUUCUACGACAACAACACGGGGAAGCUGGUCCACUCAAUGGUGGCCCACCUGGAUGCUGUUACCAGUCUAGCUGUCGACCCCAAUGGUCUCUAUCUGAUGUCUGGCAGUCAUGACUGUUCUAUUCGUCUGUGGAACCUAGAGACUAAGACAUGUAUCCAGGAGUUUACAGCUCACAGGAAGAAGAAUGAUGAGUCUAUCCAUGACGUGGCCUUCCACCCCUCUAAGGCCUACAUCGCCUCCGCCGGGGCAGACGCUCUUGCCAAGGUGUUCGUAUGACGAGGACCUAUCACAGUCCACUGACACAGCUUCCCAGCUCCAGGGACCAAUAGAUGUGGGCGUGUGGGGUGCUACGCAGGCUUCAUCUCACACAUAUCCCCUCUCACGCUACUGGUUUCCUGUUUUGACUGGUGGAUGGUGCCGCCAAUAGCCUCUACUAAGCCCUAGACUAGGUCCUCCUCCAGAGGGAGAGGGUCAGGGCUGUGGUUGACUGGGAGGUCUGUUAGGAGAACUGCUAUUGGGCACAAGGAUUCCUCCUCCCUCUAUAAUCCAGGCAGGCCCCUGGGUGUGACCGGCCACAGAGACCCUCCUCCUGGAUCCAAUGAGCACCCACAAAGACUGACUAUGGUUCAGACUAAUCUUAUGGUCUGUCUGCAGCUAGCGAGGGGGUUGAAGACAGACUGACAGGUGUUUUAUAGUGUAGACUCACUGGAGAAGUGGAGCACCAUGCCCUAACCCUACCCCCUCUCCAUGUCAACAAGCCCAUUAACCAGAACCCCAGGCCUCUCAUUUAACCAGAACCCCGGGCCUCUCCUUUCCCCAGCACCCCGGGCCUCUCCUUUCCCCAGAACACCGGGCCUCUCCUUUCCCCAGAACCCCGGGCCUCUCCUUUCCCCAGAACCCCGGGCCUCUCCUUUCCCCAGAACCCCGGGCCUCUCCUUUCCCCAGAACCCCGGGCCUCUCCUUUCCCCAGAACCCCGGGCCUCUCCUUUCCCCAGAACCCCGGGCCUCUCAUUUCCCCAAUCUCUAGGCUCAGGCUUCUCCCAUUUAGACCCCUGUCUGCUCCCUGGUCCCUCCUCUCCUUCUCCUCCAAGUCAGGUUCAGAGUUGUGUUGUGAUGGAGAUGUGGGGUACUUACUGAAGACUGGCUGUGGCAUCUCACUAUUCUUUUCUGCUUCUACUCUGCCUGCCUCCAGCCAGCCUUUCUCUCUCUCUCUGCUUUCCUUUUAAGAACACUUGUUGACAAAUGUGCCUUUGCUUUAAAAAGGUCUUGAAGCAGAAGUUAUUUUACAGAACUGUUUUUUUGAGGGAGGUGGAGUUAAUGAGGAAAGGUUUUCACGAUGGUGUCCGUUUUUACAAAACAUUGGGUGUAAAAUUGCAAAUACCUAUAAUAAAUAUAUAUUAAGUCUUAACUUAC